UUCCGAUCGAGACCAGCAGCAGGGAACAUCGUCCAUCCGAGCUAAGUAAUUAGGUCGAAAAUGACCCGUGCCAGCAGCAGUAGCAGCAGCCGGCGUGUGACGCUGGUACUGCUCGGUCUCCGCCUGCUGCUUCUGGUUGGUGUUGCGCAGGCGGUAGUGGAGUUGGUGCCUGCUGAUGAUAAUAUCGCCGCCGCCGCUGCUGGCACGGCGGUGGACGAUGGCGAGCCGCCUCAGCAGUGCGCGACCCCGGUGAGCGUGGAGGAGGCGUGCCGCGGCGCGUCCGAGACGCACGCCGGCGUGGCCUACGACCACUGCAUGGCGUCGCUGGGCGCCGACCCGCGCAGCAAGGAGGCCGGCAACAAGAACAUGCACGGGCUGGCGGUGCUGGCCACCAGGAUGGCCAUCGACCACGCCGCCAGCACCGAGUCCAAGAUCGACGACCUCGCGGAGCUGGAGGCGGCGUCGUCGGAUCCGCAGGCGCGCGCCCGCUUCAACCACUGCCUGGAGCAGUACGGCGGCGCCGCCGACCUCCUCCGCGACGCGCUGGACAACCUCAAGGCGAAGAUCUACGGCAAGGCCAUGGAGCAGCUGACCGCCGCAAUGGGCGCCUCCGAGAGCUGCGAGGACGCGUGGAAGGGCGAGGAGGAGGAUGUCCCCGUCGCCGCGCACGACAGGGAGUACGGUCGGAUGGCGCACAUCGCCUUCGGAUUCACACACCACGCCGCCGUCGCCGCCGCCGCCGCAUGAAUCGAUUAAUUAUUAUAUAUAUAUAUGCAUGCUAUCUACUAUGAUCGAUCGCUUCUCGACCUUCUUGCAUCGAUCUGCAUGCAUAUUAUAAUUUAUAUUAUAUUGAUGCCACGCCGCAUGCAGGUCUUUCCAAGGCGUACGUACUAUAUCAAAUUAUUUUAAUUUCCUUACAUGUAUAUGUAUGUGCUGCUGUUGGAUACGUACGUAUAUAUAUAUGUUCUAGGGUUUCCGGUUCCGGCCUUGUUACAUGCAUGAAGAGAAGAAACACAAUCAAUAAAAGCCUUAUUCAUUUAUUA